AUGCCGGCCCACGGUGCCACGGGUCCCCAGAAUGGCCACGCCGAUAACCGGGUGGUCAACCGCUUUGCUUCAUCGACAGGUUUUGAUAAGCUGACGGUGGACCACCUCCCGUCAGACGACGAAGAGGAGCCACCUAAAUCCCCGCCGGCUCCCAUUGAACCUGCGCCGACGCGGCCCUCCAAAAAGUCAAAGUCUAAGCGGAGCAAAGCAUCCAUUAAAAAGACAGUCAAGGAGCAAGAAUCUGUGUCCCAGGUGCCAAAUAACGUCAAGGAGGCCCCUGAAGCAUCUUUGGAGUCCGAGCCAGCUGCUCCCCCGUCCGCCGCAGAACCUGCACAGGUCGAGAAGGCCGAAAGAUCCUUAUCGCACGCUGCAGUGAAUGAGGAGAUUCGUGAAUGCGCGAAAGAAGAGUCUGCGACGCUAGCGCCUGCCCAAGUUCCGGCCCAGCAGGCUUCUAUCAACCCGCCACCGGGGAAGGACGCCCAGGGGGGGCACGCGCAAACGGCGGCGUUCUGGAAAAAGAUCAAGGAACGCACUGUGUUCUCACUGCUGAUGAUCGGUGGCUUCCUUUUCAUAUUGGCCAUGGGCCCGUCGUAUCUAAUUCUGCUGGUGCUCAUUCUCGAGACCUUGGUAUACCGCGAGAUUACUGCGCUAUUCAACAUCCCCGGACUUCCCCACUCGCAGAGUGAUGGGGACGAGGAAGAUAAUACCCUUAGCCAACGUGAAGCGGACCGGGAAGAACUCUGGAGCAAGACGCUCAGUUGGUACUUCUUUGCCGUGUGCAACUUUUUCCUGUAUGGUGAAUCGCUAACGUAUUACUUCAAGCAUAUCGUACUUACUGACUCUUUUUUCGUGCAGUUUGCACGCCAUCACCGCUUUAUUUCGUUUAUGCUGUACAUCUUUGGCUUUAUGGCGUUCGUCUCGAACCUGAAGCGCCGAAACCUAAAGCAUCAAUUUGCUCUCUUCUGCUGGGUGCACAUGUCCCUGAUGCUGAUUGUCAUGUCAAGUCACUUUAUCGUGGACAACAUCUUGGAGGGUAUCGUAUGGUUUUGGGUGCCUUCUAGCCUGGUGAUCUGCAAUGAUAUCUUCGCCUAUGUGUGUGGCAUGCUCUGGGGUCGCACUCCAUUGAUCAGCCUGAGCCCGAAAAAGACUGUCGAGGGCUUCGUAGGCGCCUUGGUCAUAACUAUGGUGUUCUCUUGGUUCUGGGCCGGUUUCUUCCAGCAGUUCAAGUACAUGAUCUGCCCGGCCGUCAGUCUCGGCAUGAAUGUGUUCCAACGUCCUAACUGCGAGGUGAACCCCGUGUUCAUGGUCCACCACACUGCCCUGCCAGCGCAACUUUCUGAGUUGCUAUCGUCUGUGUUCCACCGCUCAAUUACCCACUUCUCUUGGACGCCGUUCCAGUGCCAUGCCCUGGUUAUGGCCGCAUUUGCGAGUCUCGUGGCACCCUUUGGUGGAUUCUUUGCGAGUGGAUUCAAGCGUGCAUUCAGGAUCAAAGACUUUGGCGACAGUAUCCCGGGGCAUGGUGGUCUGACGGACCGAUUCGACUGCCAGUUCCUCAUGGGCCUGUUUAGUUACGUCUACUUCUCGUCAUUGAUCCGCGAUUCACGCGUCUCGGUACACAUGAUCAUGCAGAUGAUCAUUACGCAUCUCCCCCUUGAUGACCAGAAGCGCGUGCUUCAUGAACUGACGAGUUACCUUUUAAAAGAAGGACAGUUGUGA